AGCAUAAAGGAUACAGUGCACCUUCUCGUAGCUUAGGUGCAGUCGAUAGGUCUGUGGCUUCGGGCGUACGGUGCAGUCCUGAACAUCACAGUGGCAAAGGGAGUGAUCUUCGAAGCACCGUGCACAUUCGGACUUCUUUUUUGUUGUUGUUGUUUUCUGUUUGUUUUAUACAGCGUUUGGCACUCGUUGGUUGUGAUAGAGUUUCUCAAGAUGUUUUGCGCGAGAAGGUAUCGUGGGUUGGCACGACGUGGCCUUAUUUGCGCAUCUGUAGGCGCUCUGCUCUUUCCGCAGCGGCGUUACACCCCCAUUUAUGCACCCGACCCCGCUUUGGAUCACCUCGCUGCGCUGCGCACGCACGACGAGUGCCGCGCGCUGUGGGCACAGCACAUUCCUGUACCGUCGCUUUCUCGGGCUCUUGAGCUGUGGCUGCGUUUCGGGAACGAUCCUGUCGUGCACACCGUGGGUCCUACUGCCGGGGGUGGCAGUCACUCUUCUUCGCCCUUCGCCUACGUCGAGGACUACAUGGGAUCGAACAUGGUGACCGGCACGGAGGAGCACGUGAGGGAGAGCGCGGAGCUGUGGUCCGGCUUCUUCGAGACGAAGUACCUUCGUCGGAUGCGGCAGUCGCGGCGCACGUCGCGGCAGUACGUGGGUGUGAUGAAGACGAACAGCGAGAGCGGCGCGGGCGCCGAACUUUUUCUCGAUGAGGCGGACAAUCCAAACACAAAGUGGGAGAGCGACACGUUUUUUCGCGAAGUCGCCUACCUCAGCGAGCGCCAUCUCAAGGUGAAAGUGACGAACUACUUACAGCUGGAGCGGGCGCUGUGGUCCGGCACGGCGAACGUGGAGGCCUUUGUGCAGUUUUUUGACUCCUUUCAGCAGCAGACCGUCACUCGCAUCCCGCUACCUGUCCCGUCCAUCUGGGUGUAUGAGACCGCCGAGGCAAGAAAGAAGUGGGCGGCGCGGUACCUGCCCCUCUGCGCCGCUGCGCACACGUUCUUUCAAGAAAAGCUGCGCCCACACGCCGCGGACGCGGCGGCUCAAAAGAAGCUGCUGGCGGACGUCGCCGCGGCCUACACGCGCGUGCACACCAUCCUGCUUGAGCGCUACGCACGACAGCAGAAGGCUGGUUUGAGCCCCGCGGCGGCGUCGUGGGCUACGGGUGCGCACCGCAGCGCGACAACGGAAGAAGACGCGUGGGUGGCGAACGAGGUGGAGAAGGAGCAGCGUAGGGUAGAGGAGGGCGUCUUCGAUCCGGAGGAUCUGCUGGACACCACGCCCGAGUGGGCCACCGAGCACGCCCGCAUACAGGAAGUGCUGACCAAGCCGGUCGAGGGCGGUACGUACGACUUUACGCUGCACGAUUUUUGGCUGAACACGGAGCGGCAGGAGGCUUUCGAAACGCUGCAUGUGCUCGAGUCGGAGUCCAUUGCGCGUGUUGCCGCCGCAGCGCGCCGCCGCCUCUACACCGAGGCUACGCUCGGGGAAAUCUUCGCCGGUUUGGAGGAGAGUGUUGCGAGGAGCCGUUUGGAUCUUCGCGCGGCGGUGCUGAAGCCGCACUUCAACAGCGUCUGGUGCCGUUGGAAUUAUGCAAAGUUUGGCGCUGCCUCGUUCGUGCAGCACACGCACACCGCCAGCCGUCAGCUCCUCUUCCACUACGCCGCGUCGACGCAGGAAGUGGCGGCGACGGCGCAGCUGUACUACUCCACGAAGCCGUUGAGUAGCCAACUCGACUACGCCUCCCCCUACACAUUCCGCCGCUCCCUCGCGCGCCUGUGUUCGCACUACGGCGUGGAUAUGGCCCACGCUGCCCAGCAGCCGCUGCUGCUCAGCGCGGCAAACCUUGCCCAUGCGGAGGGGGUUGUGGGCCGUGUGGUGAGACAGGCGGCUCGUCCGUUUGGGCAGCGCCGCCGUGCGCGUUACGCCGCCGCACGUGCCAACAACCAACGGCUGCUCAGCGCAGUGAAAGAAGUGCAGGUGACGGCCCCGCCGUCGGAGCUGCUGCCGACCGCCGCUGACUUACACGCCGUGCUGCGUGACGAAGGGACGAAAAAGACGAGGGCGGCGGGCGAAGGGGUGACAAUGUGGCCCCUCGGAUCGCAUCAGGUCGUGUCCUACGACUGGGCAACUCCUGCGGUGGACAGGCUGCGUCUGCUGCACCUGACGGACCGUUCUUUGACGGCGGAGCAGGCGGCUCAACGGGAGGCGCUGCGCCACACGGGCAGGGCGGAAAUAUCGCUGUGGCGUCGUCGCACACCGGAAGAGCGGCAGCAUGCGCAGGUGGACGCGGCGCAGGAGGCGGCGGCGGUGACGGCACUGGUGGACUCGACGCCCGCACUGCAGGAGGUGUCUGCGUACGCCGAGAAACUCUAUACGCAGCUGACCCGGGAGCAACGUCAACCCGCGGAGGCAACGAAGGAGAAGCCACCGUCAGAAGUCGAGGAAGGGGAGUGGGUCUUUGCGGUGAUGCUGGAUGACAACGUCCCGCUGUCGGAGACGCAGUCGAUGGAGGUCUUCCUGCCCUACACCGACGCCGCGGGGGCGCGGCUGCCGAAUGGCGAGUACCGCGUCAUGGUGCGCGGGAUAGACCGCGAGAUGAACCCGACCGAGCACCCGACCCUCGUCAGCGAGGGCGUCUCAGCUGCCUUCUCCGUUGUCGACGCCCUGCCACAGCUCUACGCCCAGUACACCGGCGCGGCGCAGAGGAGUGGAGAGGAGGUGGCGGUGGAGGGAGACAUGGCGGGUGCUGAUCUCAUUCCUUUUUGCGCCUUCCUGCGCGACGCCGGCCUGCACGUCCCGCUGAGUGCCGAAUUCGCGGUGGGGCAGUCGCUCGAUAAGGAAGGUCGGUUCUCGGUGGCGGAGCUCGCCGCUGCGCUGCGCGGCGCACGCUACCACCGCAGCCAGUGUGAGAGCGGCAUCACCGAUGUACAGCGCAGUAUGGAGGCGGACUGUCGCGCGCAUUGGAUGCUGUACCACCCGGCGGCAACAGAGGAGGAGUGGGCCGUGGCCCGACGGCGCGUCCUGCAUCGUGCGAUGGCCGAGGAGCGUGACUGGUGGUUGGCGGACCCGAUGCUGGAUGUGGUGGAUGUGCGCACGGGCAGCACGAGCGCCCCUUCUGUGAACUUCGCCGCGUAUCCGGCGGCGGACCGCUACGGCGCCGAGCUUUGCAUGGUGCUGCCGGCGCACGGCACAAACCACAUGGACUACGCCGUCUUGCCCAGCGCCCCUGGCGUGCAGCCGUCGCACGGCGGUCGCGCACGUGUGCAGGCGGACUGCGUGGUCGAUGGCACCGGCGCCCUUACCUCUCUCCACUUCGGCGCGCCAAUCAGCGAGGCGGACGUGACGGUGGAGGAGGCGCUGGAGGCGGCCACGGAGGCGAUCCAAGUCGCACAGAUGCGCCACAGCACGCUCUCCAUGGUGAAGCUUGGCACCUUCCAGAAGCAGGCGCAGACGGCCGUGUUUUGCGGCGUACACGGGUUGGAGUUUGGCGGUAAGUACGCCCGCACCUACGCCUACGCGUUCGACAAGGCAAAGAAGGAGAUGGCAGAGACUGCGCACGCGGGCUACGUGGCCACCGUGCGGGUCGCGGAGGAGGAGAAGGCGCGUCUGUCGGAGCAAGCCCAGACGUCGCCCACGGUGGACCGUUUUGCAUCCCAAACAAAUCCCGAGCAGCGACUUACCCAUUUCACACCGCGGAUCAGGAGGGACGGCUACAGCAUGGAGGAUCCGUCACCGAGCCAGACCUCCACGUGGGACCCGUAA